AUGUCUCCACAGAAGGACCUGGUGCUCAGCUUCCUCCGGGAGUGGGACCGAGGGGACAGGACAGUCCGCAGCCGCAUGCUGAUCUCCUUUGUGACUCAAAACUCUGGGAAGAUAUUUUAUGAUCUGGAGCUACAGUUUGCCCAGGUUGCCAGUCUUUUUCUGGCUCGACUUACCACGUGGAUGAGACUCACAUACCUAUUUGGGACUGACUUGGGACUCCAGCUGAAAGCCAUUGGAAUUUUCCUGUGUGCUUCGAAUCAUGAUCAGUAUUUGACAGAGUUCCUGGAAGACGGAGGGAUUCUUACUCUCUUGGAUAUUUUGGGCCAUUCUCAGAGUAAAGACCUUGACAAGGCUGAAGUUGUGCAUCUUCUAACAACUGUCUCAAACAGUGGCUGCAAAUGCAAAUGGCUCAUCUGUGAAAGUCACGGUGUGGAAGUCAUUGCAGAUUGUCUAGCCAUGUCAAACACUUAUGAAACCCAGGAGUCAGCUUGGAUCCUCCUCAAGUCACUGUCGUGUGGAAACCCCAAAUAUCAAGACCACAUCUACAAGACUUUGAUAACCCUCAUGUCUUGUACCUCGCCAAAAGCCCAACAGCUGGUACUGAAUGCUUUACGUUUUGUUCAGCUGCAAUUAAAAACAGCACAUUCUGGCAUAGUAGAGCCUUUACUUAAUUUGCUAAAGUCUCUGCAUUUGGAUGUCCAGGAAGAAGCUAUUAAAUUGAUCUUAGGCCUGAAGUGUUUUGAAGUCAGGGGGAUGCUGCUCACAGGUCUGGUGUCUCUACUGACACUGAAUAAGGAUGAAGCUCAGCUGCAUGGAAUCACAGGAGAGGUGAUCAAGAUGACUGGAUCUCUUCCUGUGUUUGUACAGCAAGCUGCUGCCGCUAAAGCGAUACGGCUGCUGGCUGAAGAAGACAGAGAAGUUUCUCAUGAGCUUGUGUCUCUUGGGGUGAUCCAAUAUCUUCUGUAUGCGAUGGGUAACCAGGAGCAUGCUGAAGCCCAGACACAAGCCAGCCUAGCCUUGGAGCGUUUUGUCUGCUUAUUCCCUGUUCUGGAAGAACAUGUGCAAAAGGUUAUGGGGUCUUCACUGUUCAGAGAAUUGAUGGACAAAGCUGAUACUUUGUACAUGAAAAUAAAUGAAACACAGGCACAAGUCCUCCUCACAAACCGGGUUAAUGCUUCAGAAGUUUUGAAGGACAGCCAGUCUGAGUGCUGACCAGAGGAAUGGAUUACCUUUAACAAAUUCAGAUGAAUUCCCUUCAUUUUUUGUAAAAAAUCGUGUCG